UUUCCUUCCUUCGGCUCCUUGUUGCUAAGAGACCCGAGACUAGAGUUCACGUGACGCCUCGCGGAGCCCUCGUGCACUAAGACGACAUCUGCGGAACGCAGUUGAGGUCACAGAAGACACUUGCUGGCGCUGUAAGCGGAGAGACUCUCUUCCGAAAGACCUGUCAGCGUUGAGAGUUCCUAGUAGGUGGCUCGAGCAAGGACUACAUCCUCCGGUGAGCACACCCGGAGCCGUUAUGUCCUCAUCUACACAGCAGCCUCGGCCUGCCGCUUCCCCUGUCUCAUCCCCGAGGUUCAGCGUCCUUUCAUGGCCGCAAGUCAGCCGUCUAGACGCCAUUCUGAACGAGAGCGUACCUAUUCACGGCCGGGGUAACUUUCCAACCCUAUCUUGCCGGCCCAGAGACUUGGUUCAAGUUGUCCGUAGCCGGCUAGAAGAAAAGGGCAUCCCCGUCCGCAAUGUUCGGUUGAAUGGUUCAGCUGCUAGCCAUGUGCUGCAUGAAGACAGUGGUUUGGGCUACAAGGACCUGGAUCUCAUAUUCAUGGUGGAUUUAAAGGGAAAUGAUGCCUUUCAGGUUGUGAAACAUGCAGUUUUGGAUUGCCUUUUAGACUUCUUGCCACCAGGAGUCAACAAGGAAAAAAUAACCCCAAUGACUCUGAAAGAAGCAUAUGUUCAAAAAUUAGUCAAGGUCUGUAUGGAAAGUGACAGAUGGAGCCUCAUUUCUUUAUCAAACAACAAUGGCAAAAACAUGGAGCUGAAAUUUGUGGACACCCUCAGACGGCAGUUUGAGUUCAGUGUUGACUCCUUUCAGAUAGUUCUGGACUCCCUUUUAACGCUUAACCAGUGUCCUACCAGCUCAAUGUCCCAGAGCUUCCAUCCCACGGUAACCGGUGAAAGCAUGUAUGGGGAUUUCGAGGAAGCAAUGGAUCAUCUGCGCAAUAGGAUCAUUGCAACACGCAACCCAGAAGAGAUUCGAGGUGGGGGGCUGCUCAAAUACUGCAACUUGUUGGUGCGGGGCUUUAAGCCGAAGUCUGAAGUGGACAUGAAAACCAUGCAGCGCUACAUGUGCUCACGAUACUUCAUAGACUUCCCAGACAUAAGAGAACAGCUGCGGAAACUUAAGUGCUAUCUGCAAGACCACUUUGUAGGCAUGGAAGACAAACGUUAUGACUGCCUGAUGACGCUUCACCGUGUGGUAAAUGAAAGCACAGUCUGUCUGAUGGGACAUGAGCGCAGGCAAACAUUAUCACUUAUUGCCUCUCUGGCUGCUGAAGUGUUAUCGGAGCAGUCUCUUGUCCCAGCACUUCCGAACUUUACCUGCUACUACCAGCCAGCCCAAUUUGUUGGUGAAGGAAACUACAAUGGCUACUACUUUGCACCUGUCCAGCCUCUGAUGUCUUGCAGUCACGCUUACCAGACAUGGCUUCCCUGCUGUAACUGAUGUGCAGGUUGGGGCAGGCUUUAAGACCUUUGCUUGCCCUUAACAGGCAUAAUGAUUAAACUUGUUAUGGGUUAACUCCAGUGCACAUGAGCAUCGGUUUGUGUAUCAUUUCUUAAAGAUCAUGCGGUGAUUAGUACUUGUAUACUUGGCCUGCCUGUAAAGGACUACCAGUGGCAAAUAUCAAAACUGGGCGUGAGUUUGAUACAGACACUGGAGGGUUUUUUUUUGUUUUUGUUUUUCUGUUCCUUCCUCCUUAAUUCUGGACCAAAGAGUAAAAAUUUAGCUGUGCCUGUAUCACUGAAUGUUAUCUUUCAUGGUUCUAUUCCGAAUAACAAACUUCUGCUGCACUUGG